GCGUCCGUGCGUGUGCGUGCCAAUCCCAGUGUGUGUGCGUAAAGUGUUGGUGCGCGCACCGGGCUGCAGCUGAAACCCGUCCGGAGGUCUGAUCGAGGUGGGAGGAGACUGAAGCCGGAGAACUGAAGCCGGAGAGGGUCCUGCAGCGACGCGCAGAAGCAUUCCGGACUCCCGCACCCCGUCCGAGGAGGAGACAUCAUGGCUACGACUACCUGCACGCGUUUUACAGAUGAAUACCAGCUGUACGAGGAGCUUGGCAAGGGGGCCUUUUCAGUGGUGCGCCGCUGUGUCAAACUCUGCACAGGCCAAGAGUACGCCGCCAAAAUCAUCAACACCAAAAAGCUCUCGGCCAGAGAUCAUCAGAAACUGGAGAGAGAGGCCAGGAUCUGCAGAUUGCUCAAACACUCCAACAUCGUCCGUCUCCACGACAGUAUCUCAGAGGAGGGCUUCCACUAUCUCCUCUUUGACCUGGUGACAGGAGGGGAGCUGUUCGAGGACAUUGUGGCCAGAGAGUACUACAGCGAGGCAGAUGCCAGUCAUUGCAUCCAGCAGAUCCUGGAGGCCGUGCUCCACUGCCAUCAGAUGGGGGUGGUACACAGAGACCUCAAGCCGGAGAAUCUGCUGCUGGCCAGCAAGUGUAAGAACGCCGCCGUCAAACUGGCCGACUUCGGACUGGCUAUCGAGGUUCAAGGAGACCAGCAGGCUUGGUUUGGUUUCGCAGGGACCCCCGGUUACCUGUCCCCGGAGGUUCUGAGGAAGGAGGCGUAUGGGAAACCUGUGGACAUCUGGGCCUGCGGUGUGAUCCUUUACAUCCUGUUGGUUGGAUAUCCUCCCUUCUGGGAUGAAGACCAGCACAAACUCUACCAGCAGAUCAAAGCUGGAGCGUACGAUUUCCCCUCCCCAGAGUGGGACACGGUGACUCCAGAGGCUAAAAAUCUCAUCAACCAGAUGCUGACGAUCAACCCAGCCAAGAGAAUCACGGCCCAGGAGGCUCUGAAGCACCCAUGGGUCUGCCAACGCUCCACGGUGGCCUCCAUGAUGCACCGACAGGAGACGGUGGAGUGCCUGAAGAAGUUCAACGCCAGGAGGAAACUCAAGGGCGCCAUUUUGACAACCAUGCUCGUCUCCAGGAACUUCUCUGUGGGUCGACAGACUACAGCCCCCGCUUCUGUCAGCGCCGUGGCAGGAACCACCGCCGGCAUCGUGGAGCAAGCAGCCAAGAGUCUCCUCAACAAGAAGGCUGAUGUCAAGCCCCAGACAAACAGCACGAGAAACAGCAUAGUCACCAGUCCCAAAGGCAACGUCGCCUCUGCUGCGCUGGAGCCUCAGACUACUGUAAUCUAUAACCCCAUAGAUGGGACCAAGGAAUCAUCUGACAGCAGCAACACCACCAUCGAGGAUGAGGAUGUGAAAGCUCGCAAACAGGAGAUCAUAAAGAUCACGGAGCAGCUUAUCGAAGCUGUCAACAAUGGAGACUUUGAGGCCUACGCGAAGAUCUGCGACCCUGGUCUGACCUCGUUUGAACCAGAGGGUCUGGGUAACCUGGUGGAGGGGAUGGACUUCCACAGAUUCUACUUUGACAAUCUCCUCUCCAAGAACAGCAAACCCAUCCACACCACCAUCUUAAACCCUCACGUGCACAUGAUCGGGGACGACGCUGCCUGCAUCGCCUACAUCCGCCUGACGCAGUAUGUGGACGGGCAGGGCCGUCCCCGCUCCAGCCAAUCAGAAGAGACCAGAGUAUGGCACCGCAGGGACAGCCGGUGGCAGAACGUCCACUUCCACUGCUCAGGAGCUCCCGCCGCCCCGAUGCAGGGAUGAGAGACUCGUGAGGAGGCAGAGGGAAGCAGAAAGGGAAUAAGUGGAUAAUCCAAGAGAGCGUAUCAGCACCGAGAGAGAGGUGCAGGUGGAUGGAUGGUGGCUUAAGGGAGUCUUGAAGAGUCUGAUUUAAGGGAUCACGGCCGUCCUCCUGCGCUCUGCACACCCACCUCGCUCUUUUCUCUCUCUCUCUCUCUCUCUCUCUCUCUCUCUCUCUCACUCUCUCUCUCUCUCUCUCUCUCUCUUUUUGUCUCUUUACAACCUCAAACUCAGACAGACACUCCCAUCGCCAAAUCCUUCGCUACAGCAGAGGGCAUAUCAGCCAAAAAAAGGAAACUCUUUAGCCUGCGUCUCGUCCUCGGUCAGUCGGCCUGUUUGUGGCCGUGAAGGCCCGGCGUACCUGGACGACACCUGUCCUCUGUCCCCGUGGUUCUGUGCAGUGUGGCGCUCUCCUGCUGAAGAUUUACCCUUUUACUUCUCAGAUUAUUGUUCCUUAAUCUCGUAUUAUUAUGGCUGCAGUCUGUUGUUGUGCUCUUUACACUGUACAGUAUAUUUAUUAGUCCUCCUGAUAUCUUCUUCUUCUUCUUCUUCUGUUUUUUAUAUAACGAGCAUGUCUCUUAUUACCUGUGGCUGUUUCUCUGCACGACUAAGGCUGCCUGUGUGAAAUGAACAAACAGCACCACGUGUCUCACAGAGGACAGACCAGCGGGUGUGUUUAAUUAUCCCUCUGUUCUGUUUGUUGUUUUUUUUUUAACCCAUUCUUUCUCUGGAGUGUGUUUGACCCUGACCCGACGCCUCCGUGUGUCCGCCCCGGACCCCUCUGAGCCGCUCUGUGAGACCGUGAAAACCAUGCAGCAUGCUAACACGUACCCGUCGUUCUUGACUGAUUCUCUAUGUACUGAACAUUGCAAGUUAACUACUGAGAUUAAGACAAUGGUUGAAAUUAUAGUAUCACGCUGUUUAUGUAAAUUUCCAGUUUCAUCGUGGUGACUACAGUUAUGCUCUAGAUGGUAUUUAAUUGCAUGAUAUUCCAAGUUAAUAACUUUGGUAAGUUGGGUGUUAUCGUGCAUUUUGUUGAUUUUUCUCUUUUCGGACUGAAGCGUUGCUGAGCUAUGAUCUAUUGCCUCUAUUUUCUGGGCUUUUUAAGUGCAUAAAUUAAAUUUUGUGUUUAUAUGAUAGUGUAGUAUACACGAGGAUACCGGCGAGGAUUUACGACAGAAUAUGCCUUUUAAAGAAGUCGCUGGAUGCAGAUCGCUAUAUUGCUCUUUCAGAGACAAAAGCCAAGAUACUGAUUAAUUAUUUAUUUAUAUAUUUAUUUUAUGUAGAGUAGAAUGAAGUUAAUGUUUCAUCUUAUUUAGAAUAUAUAAAGCUUAAGAGGCGAGUAUUUUAAUAAACAAGAGAGUGCACUGGUACCAGGGACAAACAGCCAGUGAGUGACAGAACAUCGUCUUCAAACUCCAAAUAUAAAGUCUCAGAAAAGUUUACAUGACUAGUACAGAAGAGCUGGGCCACUGAAAAGAAAUAUUAAGAGAGGAGGUAAGGCAAGUAAAAAAGAAAAAAAAUCACACUUUUUUAAAUUCUAAGAUUAAAGUCAUAAUUC